AUGUUAAUUUUAAUUUUUUUAAUUUUAAUUAAAUACUCACUGGAGAGUAAAGCUGAAAUUAAUUAUUUAUCUGAAACAAAUAAUGAUUUGAAACAAAGUGAUCGAGAGACUCGUUGGCUAGGAAGCUGGGGAGAUGGUGGUGGGGAUGGAGGAUUUUAUGGAUAUCGAUGGAGAGGAAGAUAUAACUGGGGAAGAUAUAACUGGGGAAGACAAUAUGGAUGGGGAGGAAGAUAUUACUGGGGAUAAUAUAAAGAUAUGCGUACAGCACAAAAGGGCGCGGGACCAUAACGGCGCCAAACUCAUCAGGGAUGUGCGAGGUGGGGAUGACUAAUAUUGAUAAGCCCUUGAAAUUUC